ACUUUAAAUGGUGUCAUAAAAAUUUUACAUUUAGAAGUAAGUCAUCUCCAGCUGACAUGUUUGAAGUUUUGCUCGUCAUCUGUGUCACCAUAUCUGGGAUGGCUACAGCUGAAACAGAAAGCGAAACAGCUUUUCUUAAAAGACUUGAGGAAACUGAAAGCCUUGUUCGGGAACUUCUUCUCGAGGUUGACAGUCUGAAAUCUCAAGACAAGAUUCAACGAAGCCAGAUUGCUUACAUGGAAAAGCAACUACGUGUCCAACAGCAACGAAGCUCUCAACUAGAAUCUCUGAUAAGGAGGUUUAAAGUUUUUGACCGAAAGAAAAGUUGCGUUAAAACAGACUUACCUCCCGAUCUACCAUCCAAGAAGCUUUCUGGUUUUACAGACAAUGGUUCAUCAAUGCAAAGAAUACGGAGAACGGCAAAUGAAACCCAUGUUGCAUUCUUUGCUAAGAUGGUUAAUCAUCUUGAGCAUGGUGGUGUACAUCAGACUGUUAUUUUUGAGAGCGUCGUUACCAACGUAGGAAACGCUUACCACAGCCACAUUGGAACAUUUAUAGCUCCGGUAUCUGGAACGUACGUUUUCUCAACAACGCUUGUGUCACGCCAUUCUAACGAUGCACGUGCACAGUUCGUAAGAAAUGGACUUGCUUUGACAACUAUGUACGUAAACGCUGGAGAUACAGGGGAUGAAACGACUAGCCAAACUAUUGUUCUUCAGUUAGAGGAAGGCGAUGAUGUUUCCGUCCAAAAUCUCGACUCGGACAAAUCCUUUUCCGGAAGCAGUUACAGCACUUUUGCUGGAUUUUUAUUGGAAGAGGACUACUCAAGUUCUGUUAUUGUGGGAAAAUAAGGCGAAAAGCACGCUACAAGUACAUUAAGUUAUAAUAUGUUCAAACGUUUUAAUUUUCAUAGAUCUUGAACUGAUUUACUUUGUUAAAUGCAAAACCUUAUGUGAAAAACAUGUUGUAAAUGUUUAACAUUUUAGAAGCUUUUGAAAUAAAUUGUUUAGUUUGAAAGCAACUAACAAUUUUUAUAGAAAGCUGAACAUGAAGACAUACACAGAUUCUUGUACGACAAACUUGUCACUAAAGUUGAUUCUGUUUUUAUUCAUCAUGAUUCAGUCAUUAAUACUGGAUUAAACACAGGAUACACUUAAAACAUUGAAAGUGGCUAUUCUUGCUUGAUUCUUGUUCUUGCUUUGUUUUUCAGUGUUCCACUCCGUCAAUGUUAGUUAAGCGACUUAAACAAAUAUAGUACUGAACGAAUAUAGUACAAAUGUUACCUAAGUGGUUCUUAAUAUGAAUAUUUGGUCAGUACAUACGACGUAUUCCCAGCGAGUGUGUUCUAUGAAAUAAAAACUAUAGUAUACUCAAUAAGAUUUAAUGAGAAGGCCGAUUUUUAUUUAUUUAAUUAUUUGGGUUUUACGGCGCACCAACACAGUAUAGGUUAUAUGGCGCCAAACAGGACUACAAAUUUUGGUUUCACAUCUCAUUUAAAUCGAAAUAAAAACAUGAGGUAUGGAAUCAAAAGGCCGAUUUUUAAAUUACACAAUCUCAGUAAAAAGGUUCUAUCGUUUCUGAUCAUAAAUAAGACGUCUAAAUCUUGAACUAAAGUUUUAAACUUUCAAUUCAGCGUUUAAGGGUAAUUCAGACUACAUGUACAGAAGUAUUAUGAAGAUAAUGUGUCAACAGAUUUGAAUAUGGUUGUGACUAUGCGGCAUAUUAAU